CGGCGCCGGCGGCGAACCGGCUUCUGGGCACUAGGCUGCCAGGUGCAGACUGGGGCAGGCGGGGACCCAGCCCCUUGUGGCCGAGCAUGGCGGGCUCGCUGCCUCCCUGCGUGGUUGACUGCGGCACCGGGUAUACCAAGCUUGGCUACGCAGGCAACACUGAGCCACAGUUCAUUAUUCCGUCAUGUAUCGCCAUCAGAGAGUCUGCAAAGGUAGUUGAUCAAGCUCAAAGGAGGGUGUUGAGAGGAGUUGAUGACCUUGACUUUUUCAUAGGGGAUGAAGCCAUUGAUAAACCUACCUACGCUACCAAGUGGCCUAUACGACAUGGCAUCAUUGAAGACUGGGAUCUUAUGGAGAGGUUCAUGGAACAAGUGGUCUUUAAGUACCUUCGUGCUGAACCCGAGGACCAUUAUUUUUUAAUGACAGAACCUCCACUGAACACACCAGAAAACAGAGAGUACCUUGCGGAAAUCAUGUUUGAAUCAUUUAAUGUACCAGGACUUUAUAUUGCAGUACAGGCGGUGCUGGCUUUGGCGGCUUCGUGGACAUCCCGGCAAGUUGGUGAACGCACACUGACGGGGAUAGUCAUAGACAGUGGAGAUGGAGUCACCCAUGUUAUCCCAGUGGUAAGCACAGGGUUCCUAUCUUACUACCUGAGGCUUAACACCUAUCCUGAGGCAGAAGGUUAUGUAAUUGGAAGCUGCAUCAAACACAUCCCAAUUGCAGGUAGAGAUAUUACGUAUUUCAUUCAACAGCUGCUAAGGGAGAGGGAGGUGGGAAUCCCUCCUGAGCAGUCACUGGAGACCGCAAAAGCCAUUAAGGAGAAGUACUGUUACAUUUGCCCUGAUAUUGUCAAAGAAUUUGCUAAGUAUGAUGUGGAUCCCCGGAAGUGGAUCAAACAGUACACGGGGAUCAAUGCCAUCAACCAGAAAAAGUUCAUUAUAGAUGUUGGUUAUGAAAGGUUCCUGGGACCGGAAAUAUUCUUCCACCCUGAGUUUGCCAACCCAGACUUUAUGGAGUCCAUCUCGGAUGUUGUUGAUGAAGUCAUACAGAACUGUCCCAUAGAUGUGCGACGGCCGCUGUAUAAGAAUGUCGUUCUUUCUGGAGGCUCCACAAUGUUCAGAGAUUUUGGACGCCGUCUACAGAGAGACUUGAAAAGAGUGGUGGACGCCCGGUUAAAGCUGAGUGAAGAGCUCAGUGGGGGCAGGAUAAAGCCUAAGCCCGUGGAGGUUCAGGUGAUAACACACCACAUGCAACGCUAUGCCGUGUGGUUUGGAGGCUCUAUGCUGGCCUCAACUCCCGAGUUCUUUCAGGUCUGUCACACCAAGAAGGACUAUGAGGAAUACGGCCCCAGCAUCUGCCGCCACAACCCUGUCUUUGGAGUGAUGUCCUAG